UCGUUCAAGGCUUGCAAAGACAAAGGGCGGCAGCCGCUCAACGGCAACAAGCGGCCAUAGCCGCUGGCUCCCCUAUGUCGUGCCCAGCCUUAGCAAGAGUCACGCAGCCCAUGCGGUGUUAUAACUGCAACCAACCGGGCCACCUUGCAAAGGACUGUCCGAAACCUCGGACGCAAGGAGGGUCGGCUGGACCUUCCCAAAUCCCUUUAGCUGCCCCGACCGCUGUAGGACAAGGGAGGGUGGCAACUGUUAUUGACACUGGAACGAUGGAGAUGGUGCCUCCUGCAGCCGCCGAAAUUGGACCAGACGAAUACAUGGCGGCGGCCAUGCUCGAACCCGAGACCAUUGGAGUAAUACGUCAUCUCCAACGGAUCACCGAGGAGAGCGAUCUCGGACCUUGGAGACCCGGGUUCGAAGAUCUUGCGGCCCCUGGUCCUGAGUAUAAGGACGGCAACAUUGAUGUGUUGGAUGCCCUGAAGGCUUUGGAUUUACGGAUUCCUGUUCCCAUCCCUUACCUGCUGACCAUUUCUGAGGCGGCCAACGAGAAAUUGACCGAACGGUGCCUAAAGAACGGAUGUCGGUUCGAGGAAAGCCGAAAACGCAAAAAGUUGGUCAUAAACGAUCCGCAGUCGGCUGCCGAAGGACGACCCUCGACCUCGAGGAUUCUAGAGGCAAACCGGGUAGGAAUGAUCCAAGCUGCAGAUCUUGCCUUGGAGAAGCCCAAAGCGUACGAUAUGCUGUUAGGGAUCCCAUGGCAGGCGGCGGUAGGAGCGCGAAUGCACUUUGACAACUGUAAGGUGGUGCUCACAUCGGCUCACCCCAAACCUCAAACGAUAUCGAUGAGGCUGGUUGUGCGUACGCGCGCACAAUCGGCGUCGCGAAUCUCCACGAAGGUCCACAGGAUCAAUAUGAUCCGAUGGACGCCCCGAGGUGAACUAAGAGCCACAACUGAAACCGACAAUUCGGAUGAACCUGACCGAUAUCCGAUCAGAAUUCAAGAUUGGUGGCGCCAAUCUUGGCGACGGGAACCCAUGAAAAUAGUCCGAAGCGCUCAAAGCAGCCCUUACAAAUUUGCGCCCAUCCUGGCACGUCCGGAUCCGACAAAACCGUUCGCAUUGCACACCGAUUGGCAUCCGCAGGCGAUAUCGGCGGUGCUGACCCAGCAAGGAGCAGAUGGGAAGGAGCACGUCAUCGAGUACGCAUCGAAGACACUUACCCAGGCGCAAUCCAACUAUGAGGCGUGCAAGGGUGAAUGCUUGGCGGUGGUGUGGGGAAUUCAGCAUUUUCGACCGUAUCUCUACGGUCAGAAGUUCGUGCUCCUGACGGACCAUCAGCCGCUGCUGUCGUUACGCGACAAUACGGAUUACACGGGAACCUCGGGUAGGUGGGCGGUGGAGGAAGAGGUGGUGGACUUCCACGACGAGAAGCCGUUGCGGCCUCCCUCGUCCUAUCCAAGGCUGGCGGCCCCAAAGGCGCCAAAAAGGACUCCCAACAAGAGACGUCACCAGCCAUCGCCAGAAGCACAAGGAAGCCGGAUAGGGCCCGUCGGGGAAGUGAUUCAGCACGUGACAGCGCGGAAAGCCGAUCUUGUUCCAGAGAGUAAGGCCGCGCCGAUCGGGGGACCUCGGCCGGGAGAAGAAGUCGGUAUCGGAGGAUCGCGGACACAGCGAAACCAACGAGAUCCGAUACCGCCACCACCGCCACUUCCCGACCUCAACCUCGAUGGAACUGGGCCCUCAGCAGCAGCCGCAGCAGGAGGAGGAGUGGGAGGAGUACCAUAUCCCGCAUCCAGACCCCCCAUCCUCGCAGGACAGUUCCGCUUCCGUCAUCCACCCCGGGGUGCCCCGGUCAUUGACCUUAAUAGUUCCUCUGAGUCGGAUGGUCCACCCGACGGAUGUCGAAUUCGUGGUGGAGCCUGCAACCAUCAGGCUCGAGGCAAUCGAGGGGACCCCGCGCCCUGAUCCUGCAUGGGAACCGUAUCUGAAGCCGCCAUUCCAAGGAUGCAUCGCGGCCAGGUUGGCGGGGAUGCUCAUCUACGAGGCCGGCCAACGACCGAACGUGGUGUACCACUUCCUCAUCCUCGCAGUGCUCAAGAGGGAGCACAGGCCAUAUACCGAGACCCAUCUCGUGAUGACGGGUCCCAGGACUCGCACCGUGCGCCGGCAAAUUAUACGGGCCAUUGCGGAUCUGGUGCCACGUGUCCUCUCCCACGUGCCGGGGGCUUUCCUAUACCCCUCCUUUGUGCAACACCACUUCAACGAAGUGGAGGCGCCGACGACUCCAACGGCGCUGACAACUUUUCUUUCCCCUUCUCCCUUCCCCGCUCAACCCGGACAUCGAUCACUUCCUCAAGUUCCUCUGAUUCUUCUUCUUCUUUUUCUUUCUUCUUCUUCUUCUUCUUUCCCUUCCUCUUGGUCCGACAGGUCGCGCGAUAAAAACGCGCUUUUAAA